GUCUGGGGUGCAGCUGGAGAGGCAGUUGGUCCUCACUUCUCGAGAAACCCGCGUAGGAGCGCGCGCCCCGAUUCCCCAGCCUGGUCUGGUCUGCGGAGAGCGAUGCCGCUUCCGGACACCAUGUUCUGCGCUCAGCAGAUCCACAUUCCCCCGGAGCUGCCGGACAUCCUGAAGCAGUUCACCAAGGCUGCCAUCCGCACCCAGCCUGCCGACGUGCUGCAGUGGUCCGCGGGAUAUUUUACAGCCUUGUCGAGAGGAGACCCACUUCCUGUAAAGGAAAGGAUGGAAAUGCCCAUGGCAACACAGAAAACAGACACGGGCCUGACGCAGGGACUCCUUAAAGUUUUGCACAAGCAGUGCCACCACAAGAAAUACGUGGGACUAAGCGAUCUGGAGCAGAAGUGGAAGAAUUUGUGCCUGCCGAAGGAAAAGUUCAAAGCGCUCUUACAGCUGGAUCCUUGUGAUAACAAAAUCGAGUGGAUGAAAUUCUUGGCGCUGGGAUGUAGCAUGCUUGGUGGAUCCUUGAACACGGCACUGAAGCACCUGUGUGAGAUCCUCACCGACGAUCCAGAGGGCGGGCCCGCUCGCAUCCCCUUCGAGACGUUCUCCUACGUCUACCGCUACUUGGCCAAAUUAGACUCCGACAUCUCUCCCUCAGAGACGGAAUCCUACCUUGCCUCUCUCAAGGAAAAUAUGAAGACAAGCCAGGUGACGAUAGAGACACCGGAAGAAUGCCACAGAACUGCGGCAGAAACAGAGAUUAGGGGAUGCAGCUGGAAGCCCAGGGACGACGAGGAUUGCCGGCAAUGCACAGGGCAUCCUGAGAUAUAGGCAGAUGAACAAGCUGGUGGAAGAUGUGUGAGAAGCACUCUUCA